GCAAGACUAAAACAAUAUUAGAUGAAUCUCUUGUGAAAUUGCUAUAUGUGCAUAGUGCAUGGCUUAAGAAAUACCUCUUUAGUGAAUUAUAUACCCUGUUGCCACCAAAUCAGAGUCUGGAAAAGGAAUUAAAAAUAGCUAUAGAUGCAUUCACCGUUAACUGCGACCAAGAUAGUUCUGAAAUGUCCAAAUUCAGCAAGAAGUUGAGAAAACUUUACGGCCAACCCAAAUUGUAUAAAAAUCGAGAUGAAUAUAAUAUUUGUGUCGAGAGGGUUAACAUUUACAAAAACUUCACUCUGGAUUUAAAUCAACCACUUGAGAAUCAAAAUGUUAAUCUACAUAUUGACAUGACUAAAGUGUGCAGUUCUAAAUUAGCACUAGAUGUUCCAGAAGAAACUAGUUUGAAAAUAGUCCAAGAUAAUGUUUCGAAAAUUAAUGAGAAGGCAUACAAUAAUUCCGAAACAAAACUAUUACCUAUAAAUUCUUAUGUUCUGUUGAGGAUAUCAAAUAUUUUGAACAAUGCUUUCUUCGAUACCAUAUCAGGUUUACCGCUGCAAGAUACUAAAGAAAACAAUUUGCCUAAUUGUUCAGGAGAAAUUCUGAAGAAUUUAGUACACUUCGGAACUGUUACCAAAGCAUUAACCCCUGAAUUUUUAAAUGUGCUUAGCCUCUUGCAAAAUGUAUAUGAUGGCAACAUAAGUUUAAUAGAAGAAAGACUGUCAACAGUGCCCUGUAAGUUUUGGGAAGAAUUCUAUAAAGCACUAAUCUAUUCACCGGCGAUGUAUCCAUUACCUUUCAUUGGUUCGAAUACUACGAGUGAAACAACUGAAAAUAUACCUGUAAAUACAAAGAGGUUUUCUAUGAAUUUACCUUUGCUGCCUUAUUAUGCACAAAAAGUGACCUUAUCUAAAGCCAAUGAAGAUUCCCGAGAAAUGUUAGCUUACGAAACAGUAUCUUUAGAGGACCGUAACAAUUACUCUAUUCGUUUAGGCACAAUGUUGAAUAUUAUUUGGAAAAAUAUUGCUACAUUGGAUACUCUUGCUGCGACUUCAUUAAUAGCAAAUGCUAAAUUCGAAAUACGAAAAUAUGAACAGCUCAUGUCGUUUUUAUAUUCAGCUAUAAUGCAGAGCAAAUCUAAUUUGAGUGAAGAAAUGGAAAAAACUUGUUUGAUUAUCAUUGAAAGACUAAGAGAACAUCUCAUAUUUGAUUCAGUUAUCGCUGAUAUGGCUACAGAAGCUAAUAAAAUUUGUGAUGAGUUACGCGUUAUUAUAUCGGGAAGUUUAAUACACGAUAAAAAUAAAGCAAAGUUAUUAACAGCACAAUUGUCUUUGCUGACAAGUUUACUGUUCAUUAAAUUAAUGGCUGAAUUAAAGCCUGUUGACCACGUUGAGAAAUACCGUUUAAAAGUCAGCUAUAUUGAAGAAGAUUUGCGGAUUUUCGAGGCUUUAUUGAGUGGGUAUUACAUGCAAGGACUAGUAUAUGGAAAUAUUUUGGAAUAUACAAAAAUAGAAAUUAAAGAUGUCACCUUAGACCGUUUAGAACAAAGCAAAGAGGAUUUAGUUAAUGUGCAUCCCCAUUGUGGAGUUUUGUUAGAUCUAAGGGAAAAGACAGCUGCUAAGAUUUAUAAAUACGCUUCAGGUAAUACUUUUAGACCUGAAAAACCAACGUACGACAGUUUUGUGAAGUAUUGUCGACACUUCACAAGAUCUGUGUUGUCACCUUCAACUAUAAUCGAGCUUGCCAAGAAUUUAUUGACGAUAUCUAACGAAUUGUUGGACAAAUUAAAAAAUAAUGAAAAUUCCAAUAAAACUGCAAUAACAGCUCGUAAAAUUACAAAAGAAGCUGCAUCAUGGUUGUUUUCGGUCAAAGCAUUUUGUAAAAAAGUCGAGAGUGAAUUUGCCGAAGCGUUUCCUGAUUUGGCAAAGCCGUUGCUUACUUCGGUAUCGCAGACUGUGUACAGUGUGACGUCAUUGAACGAUUUGUUGAGAGAAAUGGUCGUGAAGAUGGAGGAGGGUGCGACCAUCAGUACUAUGGUCACUGAUCUCAUGAUAUACCCGAAUAGUAUACCACGCCGAAAGACGAAACAGCAACAUUUGAACAGGUAUUUGUCCCCUGAAUUGAUGGACAUUUUGAAGAGGAAAACACACGCAGAUGAGGAUGGUGUUGCUGAAAAUCUUGAGAAAAUGCAAGUUUUAAAGAUGAACUUAUUGGAAUUGAAAAUGCAUUGCACGGCAGCUGAGUUUGUAGACGCGAACUCCAUUGAUGCCGUAUUGUCUACCUUAAAUUCCCUCGUGGAAGCGUGGCAGCAACAGCAGCAGGACAUCGAGAAAAAGAAACAGGACGAUGAAGCGUUGUAUGUGACUAAAUCAAAGUGCGAAGACGAAGACGAUGAGCUAAUAGCACAACAGGAAAUCAAAGAAAUGUUCCCAUCUUACACCGAUAAUGAUUUCGGCGAGUUCAAACCUCCAACAUUGGAACAGAAGCUCGUUAAAGAUACAGAAAACAGGAAAAAACUAAAACUUAUUAUCACUUCUGACGACGUUUCCUUAGUUUACAAGUGGCAUUCCAGUUUCGUCCGUUACACGACUAGGGCAGAAUGGUUACCCAGCCCAAAGAAGUUGGUAGCAAAUGACGUGGUCAGUCCUUCGCUGCAUAGGUAUCUUACGUUUAGCCGUGUAAUUGAAAAUGCUUGGGAAGCAUUGGACGCUGAAGUAGAAGGCGUCUUGACGCCAAGUCUUCUGAUGCUUCUAUCCCAUAUUAAAUCUAAGGUCGACGGAAACGAUUCUUCAAAUUCUAAAAUUGAUUUCUACCACUCUCCGUGGAUUUUGGAGACGAAAAAUUGUGUCCCACUACUGCUGAAGGUAAAAGAGACCACCAACCAAUUGCUCGAUCAGUGGCCGGAUUUUCCUACUUUGAAAGACAUAAUGGUGAUCAUAAACAGAAUACUAGGGUUCCCAGUAACAAGUCCCGUAUCUCGUCUUCUUACUGGCUUAGAAUUGCUCAGAGACAAGAUAGAAGAAUGGAACAAAAGUGCACACAAAGGAAAUAACAUGAUCGAGGAGUCGCUAUCUGUGGGACAACAGAUUAUAAACUGGAGAAAAUUAGAGAUGGCACAUUGGAAGGAGUCACUCAACAAUUUAUAUCAAAGGAAACAAUCAGAAGCUCACAAAUACUGGUUCUAUUUAUACAAUGUUGUGAAAUCAUAUUUGGAAGCUGAACCUGACAGUGAGCCUUUAUCACCUGGCCGUGUUAUUUCUGUGCUCAGAGAUUUUAUGGAGAAAUCCAAUCUUGUGGAAUAUGAAGUGAGGUUGGAUAUUAUAUAUGUAUAUCACUGUCACUUAGUGCAUUUGGAACCUAGCGACAGGCGAGAUGAACUCCUCUCCAUUCUUUGGAACACAUGCAACUAUUAUUCCCAAUUUAGGGCACAAGUUGCAGCUACUAUUAAAGAGAAGCGAGCGCCGAUAGAGAAAAAGUUACGUGACUUUGUUAAAAUCUGCACUUGGGACAGAGAUCUCAGCUACUGGAGCGUGAAAGACACCGUCGAUAAAGCUCACAAGGCGUUGCAUAAACACACCAAAGAGUUUGAGAACGUCUUGAAAGAAAGUGUCGCCGCUUGUUUAGUGGAAAACAGUACAGAGACGGGUACCGAACACGUUGGCAUAUGGGAUCGGCCCAAACGUACCACCGGUGCCGCGGUCACCACAGGCGGCGCUUACAUGAUCGACCCACAAAACUUUGUCUUACUAAUGAGGAACGUCAAAAAAUAUCUAGAUCAGGCUGAAAAACAAUGCAGUGUAAUCGCGGACGGCUCCCUCCUCUCCAAAGUACCCAGUUUACUGAACAAAGCGAAAACACUUUGUAAGGACACCAUCGCAAAUUCUGGCUAUCCGUCGCUCGUGCAGGCUUUAGACGACUUCGUGACAAUGGUCAUUGAAACUAGCUCGCAUCUUGGUGCUUUGGAGGUAGAUGCAGCGUUACCAAAAGACAAACAGGUGUCACAAGCAAAAAGUUUUGUGCAACAAAAGCGCAAAGCAUUAGCCGAUCUCUUUAAGUAUCUCACUAAAAUGGGUCUUAAUUAUCGUACUGGAUUAGUCAUACUAUCUGCUUCAGCGGAUGAGCUGUAUGAUUUUACUAUACCUCCUAUUGAUCUGGACGCUUCCAUGAGUUAUCUGAAGAGCAGACGAUGCGAUGCAUCAUUAGGCCUGCUCUGGUCCGGGUGUGAAAAGUACUUCCAGAAGAAUAUUGCCCGACACAGGCUAUUAUCAGUGUCUUUGCAGUCGCCCCACCAAGAUCUUGGAAUACAGAACAUUGAGAGAUGCAAAGGAUUUGCUGCUCAACUGAUGAAACUCAUGAAUACUCAAAAGAAGUCUAUUUCGAAAUAUUCCCGAUACCUCUACGACUUACGUACAUUGACAACAAAUCUUACCAGCGCUUUAGAUGCUGACAGUGCCGCCACAAACAUCUCAACUAUCAAAGAAAAACUAGAUAUUCUCACCGAAUGUUAUUCUCAAUGCAGUAUUGCACUAGAUCAGUUUAAUAUAUUGCUAAAUUCUUGUCCAGAAAACAUUUUGAAUUCAGGUUCUGAACCGACAUUUGAUUCGGUAUUAUCCAAUUCGCCAAUUGUUAGAUGUUAUAAGAAUAGUGACGAAUGGCGUGAAUUAUAUAGGAGAGUUAACGUUAUAAUAUCAACAAUCAGCAAACAAAAGUCUGCUCUUGUAAAACUAUUACAUUCUAGUCCUAAACAGAUCGGCCGUAAUAAAGAAUGCGAUCUUGUUAUAUCUCAGAGUCAUAUAGAUGUUGUAGAAGAAGCUAGAAAGAAUUUAGAGGCAAUAGUAGCUGAUGUAGACAAUAUAUUACAGGAUUAUCAAUUCACAUUAAAUUCUCCUCUACUCUUAAAUCUAACUGAAAAUUGUACGCUUCAACAUCCAAUGCUUAGAAGUAUGAUUGAUAUGAGUUUAUUUAUCAAAGAAACAAUUGUAGAGCUAGAGAAAUUGAAUGAACCAAUAGAUGUGGCUAUGGAAGAAAGUUCAAUAGAUACAUUAGUCAAUCAAACUGAGGAAAUGUUAGCUACAAUGCUGCUAGUGCUUCAAUCUGUGUAUAAGAAACAUUUGCAAACUGACGAUAAAAUCGAGAAUCAAGAUAUACUGAAUGCUAUAGACGAUAUUAUCGAUAAAGACAACAAAGAGAAAGAGCAAUCUAAAGAUUUAUUAGAUGACAAACAUUUGAAGGAACAUUUGCAGGAUAAAUUGUCAAAUGAUGCAAGACUUCUUCAGUUAGAAACUCUUGUAGAUAAAACGAGGAGUCUAUUAAAGAGCUAUGUACAGUAUACAAUUGAUGCAAGAAAUGUGGAAGAUGGCAGAAAUGUCGUUAUGCGGUUGGUACCAAUAUUAGAGCAAACUGUUUUAUUUGUUCAAUAUUUCGUAACACAGAAGGUGGCAGUGCACAGAGUUACUUGCAAGAUGCUCUCAGUGCUUCUGAAGAUCUUCUCGGAUUUGGCUGCAAAAGGGUUCUGCAAGCCAUCUGACCUGGAAACUGAAGAAGGCGAAGGAGGAGAUGGUCCCGGAAAAUUAUCUAGUGGAACUGGAUUAGGUGAAGGAGAGGGCCAAAAAGAUGUUUCUGACAGAAUUGAAAAUCAGGAUCAACUAGAAGAAGCUAAUCGUCCGGGUGAAGAGAAAAAAGAAGAAGAUAGAGAUUGUAAAGAAGAAGAGAAAGGUGUAAACAUGACUGAUGACUUCGACUCUCAUUUGCAAGAUGUUGAGAAAAAAGAUGGCGAUGAGUCUGAACAAGAAGACGAUGAAGAUGAUGCUGAUAAACAAAUGGGCGAUAUAGAUAACGCUGCAGAGAAACUAGAUCAACAAAUAUGGGGCUCGGAAGAUGAAGAUGAGCUUGAUGAUAAUCAAGAAAAGAAGGAGAAAGAAGAAAAGGGUCAAGGUGAAAGUACAGGUGAGAAAGAGAUGGGCGCUAAAGAGGAAGAACAAGGCACCGACGAUGGAACUGAAGGAAAAGAAAAAAAGAAAAAGAAGGAUAUUAAUGAGAUGGAAGAACCUGAAAUAGACGACGACCAUGUUGAUCCUUAUCAUGGUAACCAUCCACAAUUGCCAGAACCGGAAGACCUUGAUCUGCCUGACGAUAUGAAUUUAGAUGGAGAAGAUGGAAAUGACGACAAAGACGGUGAGACCGAAACAGAAAAUCCAUUUGAAAUAGAUGUCACUAAAGAUGAUAUCCCUAAAGAGCCAGAAGAAAUGGAGCAAGACGACAAAGGUGACGAAACAAAAGAAAAUAAACAUGGUUUUGAAGUGUCCAGUGAUGAGGAAGAAGGUGAAGGAGAUGAUGAAAAAAAUGAUGAUGCUAACGAACAACAAGAAGAAAAUCAGCAAGCCGAUGAAGCUGAACCUGAUAAAGUUGAGGACGAUGAUAAAAAGAGCGAAGAAGAUGGCGACGUUGACCCUCAAGAUGUUCCUCAAGAGUCUGAAGAACCAGAGCACGAAGAACAGAAGGAGGAAGACAAAGAUCUACCUAAAAACCCGGAUAAGAUGGAAGAUGAAGAAAUAGAACAGAAAAAUCGAGAAGCUAAUCCUCAAGCUAAUCCCUCUAAUGACGACCAGUCAGCUGAAGAUAAAGCUGAGAAUGCCGAGAUGGAUAGAGGGACCGAUGAUAACGUAGAAACUAAUGCUGAACAAAAGAAAGACGAAGAAACUGCGCCUUUUGAGCAAGCUCAAGAACAGGUUGGUGAGGAAAAACAAUCUAUGGGACGUUCUGAACUAGAUAAAAGUGAGAAAGGCCAUCGCGGUGAGAAGGAAGCUGCUAGUCGAGCUGAUCAAGCUCAAGAAAAACAGAAUCGGCACGAAAACAAACCCGGCAAAACCGAUCAAGAACGUACUUUAGGUAAUGUUGAUGAGAAGAAACACAAGCACAUGCAAACUUUGAAUGUGGAGAGAGAAGAAGAAGCGGAGGAUGGUGGAGACGGAGAUCAGGAUGAUGAGAAACACGCCGAUGCAUAUCAGCACGUCAAACAACCGAACAAUAGCGAUCUGCAGGCAAUCGAUGCAGCGACUAAAGAGCAAGCUGAUCAACAACCAACCCUUCAACAAGAAGAUGAAGAGGCUGAGGAACUCAAAGAAGAUGAACAAGUCGCAAUGGAUGUCGACGAAGAGGAAUUGCAAGUAGAAAAAUCUGAAGAACUAAAGCCAGAAAAGUUUAAAAAUGGCACAGAUAAAGAUAAAGAGAACGCUGGUAGUAAGAAAGAGGAUGGUGAAGAGGUCUCCGGUGAGACUGGUCUGGAAAUUGAAGGGGAUGCGAUACUUACAGCGCAUGUGCCGAGAGGAAAUGAUACCACGUAUCACACCAGAUUAGAAGAAUCUCAACACAUGCAGACUGAAGAGAUGUCAGUAGAUCAGUAUAUGAGUAUUCGCGAAUGGUUAGUGAGCGGGCAUUCAGUAGGAUACAGUUCAGCUAACGUCUGGAGAACAUUAUGGCAGGAGGCCGCCCCUGCAGCUAGAGCUCUGUGCGAGAAAUUGAGACUAGUUCUAGAACCUACUGGACGAUCUAGGAGGGCCGGUGACUUCCGUACCGGUCGCGCCAUAAACAUGCGUCGUGUGAUUCCGUACAUCGCUUCGCACUUCCGCAAAGACCGCAUCUGGCUGCGACGAACGAAACCGGCCAAGCGGGAAUACAAGAUAGCCAUCGCAGUCGACGACUCUAGCUCGAUGUCAGAUAAUAGGAGCAAAGAAUUGGCAUUCGAGAGUCUUGCGCUCGUAUCGCAGGCAUUGAAUCUCCUCGAGUCCGGCGAUCUUGCAGUAUUAAGUUUUGGCGAAAAACCGAAUCUUCUCCACCCGUUCACUGAACAGUUCUCAGAACACUCUGGCUCAAAGAUCCUUGAGCAGUUACGUUUCGAACAAAAGAAGACAAGAAUCGCCCAACUAAUCGACUUUUGCACCGUUCUAUUUGAAGAACAGGCGAUCAGAAGUGACGCUUUGAACGCAAAGUUGUUGGUUGUGGUUAGCGAUGGCAGGGGAAUAUUCUCAGAGGGUGAAACUAGAGUCAUACAAUCCGUAAGAAGAGCAAGACAACAAGGAAUAUUCUUAGUUUACGUAAUAAUUGACAACCCUGAUAAUAAGGAUUCAAUAAUGGACAUCAGACGGCCCCUGUUAGACCCAGUGGCCAAUACUCUGACUGGAUUCGUGCCGUACCUCGACACGUUCCCCUUUCCGUUUUACUUGAUUCUACGAGAUAUGUCUGCGUUGCCAACAGUAUUGGGUGAUGCCCUGAGACAGUGGUUCGAAUUGGCUGCUAAUACCGCUGGUUAAUUAGUUAUUUAAAAGAUAAAUGUAGUGAUAAUGACUGCUUGUUAAAAAAGUUAUGGAAACUAAUCGAAAUCAAGAUAACAAAGUUUGACGAUUUUAUCUCUUAUUACAGUUAUAUAAAGAAAUGUAAAUGGUGCUGUGAAUGAAAAAAAAUAGGAUUAGUUAAGUAAUAAAAAAAUGUGUUAAGCAU